GGCACGCGUUCAUUUGUCACGUGAUAAGAAAAGAAAAAUGGCAGACCAACAAUAUGCUGCACAAUAUCAGACAGGAGGACAGACUGGGUAUAAUUAUGCGGGUGCAUAUGGCUCAUCCCAGGAUACCUCCGCUUAUAGUCAGCAACCAGGAGCAGCUGCUUACUCCACACAACAGGGAGGCAGUGGACAACAGGGAACUGGCUCAGGAAGUUAUGGGAGUCAGGGAGUAGCCAGCUAUGGCUCGUACGACCAGUCCUACCAACAGACGCAGCCGGGCCAGACAUCACAGGCCUCCCAGCAAUAUGGACAACAGUCAGGACAAGGAAACCAGGCAUAUGGAUCCUAUGGUCAGCAACAAUCGGGCCAACAAGGCUAUGGUCAGCUUCAGGGCCAGGGUGGAUAUGGCGGUCAGAGUGGAGGGUCAGGGGCCCAGAGCGGUUACGGCCAGAGUGGGGCUGGAGGGUAUGGCCAGAGCAGCUACGAUGGACAGAGUGGGGGCUAUGGGGGCCAGGCUGCUGGUGGUGGUGGUGGUGCUGGUGGUGGAGGAGGAAGUGGAGGCGGCGGCGGAUAUGGGAGCCAGAGAGGAGGAGGUGGCUAUGGUGGCGGGGGCGGCAGUGGUGGUGGUGGUGGUGGCUAUGGAGGAGGCCGAGGUGGUCAAGAUGGUGGUGGUGGUGGUGGCCGUGGAGGCGAUGGGGGUGGAUACGGAGGUGGUGCUCGCGGAGGAUUCAACAAAUUCGGUGGUGGCGGUGGAGGGGGCGGUGGAGGUGGGGGUUGGGGCGGUGACAGGGAGCUACAGGAGACCCCAGACACGGUCUUUGUAUCCGGCCUCUCACAGGACAUUGUUGAGGAAGACCUCAUAGCACUCUUUGGCAGUAUUGGAAUCAUCAAGAUUGACAAGAAGACCAAUAAACCCAAGCUGUGGAUCUACAAGGACAAGAACACCGGGCUGCCGAAGGGUGAGGCCACCGUCACCUACGACGACCCUGAGACUGCAAAGGCUGCAAUCAACUGGUUCAAUGAUAAAGAUUUCCAAGGGAACAUAAUCAAGGUACAGAUUGCCCAGCGAAAGGUUAACACCCAGUUUAGUGGAGGUCGGGGCGGGGGUCGUGGAGCACCCAGGGGUGGCGGCGGUGGUGGCGGUGGACGUGGAGGUGGUGGUGGUGGUGAUAGAGGUGCAGCCAGACAGGGAGAUUGGAUGUGCCCCAACGAGACAUGCGGAAACAACAACUUUGGCUGGAGGAACGCCUGCAACCUCUGUAACACAUCCAAACCUGGUAGUGACGGCGGAGAUGAUAGUGGAGAUUUUGGUGGAGGUUACGGCGGUCGAGGAGGUAGAGGUGGGUUUGGAGGUCGAGGUGGCGGCGGACGUGGUGGAGGCGGUGGAUACGGUGGAGACAGAGAUAGGGGUGGCCGGGGUGGUCGUGGAGGUGGAGGUGGUGGCCGCGGUGGAGGCGGUUACGGUGGUGGUGGUGGUGGUGGCCGUGGUGGUGGCGGAUACGGUGGUGGCCGCGGUGGUGACAGGGGAGGUCGUGAUGAUAGACGAUCAAGGCCAUACUAGGCAUAAAUACAGUCAUAUUUCCACCCAUCACAGUCAACAUGGCUGCUCUACGAGCUCUCCACUCCUGCUCAAAGUGCCGACAUCAGACAGUUUUAAACAGAAACCACUGUGCUUUUACUUAAACAUAAACUUGGGUCAUGAUAGCCUAACAAUCACUUUUACAGCAAUGGACAUAUGUGUUAUUUUUAUUAAAACAUGAACAAUUUGUAAGCGAUAUAUUUGUCAUACAGAAAAGGUGUCAAGUCCUGAUUAAGGAUAGACUAAGUUAGCUUGUGUGUAGUAUUCAUUGGUUUUGCCAAUGGAAAUAUCUGUCUGAUAUUUUGUAGCAUUGUCUUUAAACAUCAUCCUUGUGUUUUGUCUCUCAUUUGUUUCCAUUUUAAAUCAUGUUUUCAUGUAACAUCCUCUUGUAUACAUUUUAGAUGUUGUAAAUAUUUGGCGAAUAAAUCUUGUCAAUUA